AUGGAUGAUAAAACCAUUAUUGAGACUGUUUGUCGCCAUCAUCACGAUGAACAACCCGUAAUGCUUAAAUUUCAGAAUGGCUCUUUGGGCGGCACCGCCGACUUCUCUAUCGUAGAGAGUAGAAAGGAUAAGCGGAAGCGCGCUGCGGUCAUUGCCGGCGACCAACUUUACACGGGGGAGGUGCGGGAUAACGAGCAGUUUGACACGUACAUCUGCUUGCGCGAAAAGAGCACAAACAAGGUGCAAAUCAUUCCCGUUCAGCAGGCGCUGCUGUCCAAUAGCGUCUACCAGCAGCUGGAACAGAAAGAGAAGCAGAAGGUCUUACCAAUGCUUACCAAGGAGCAUGCUGCUAAGAAACUCCUGAAGGAGUACGGAGGUCGCAAGGCCUCGCGCCUCGUGGACAAUCGCGAAAAGAUGAUGGUCAAUGUGGAAGUUGUGCGUCAAGAUUUGGACGAAACAGUGCAGGCCUCCCCACAGAACGACGACGAAGAGGACAAGACACUGGCCGACGUGAGUGCCAGCAACGAGGAGUACUUGGCCACCAUAGUGCCCAAGUUUGACAAAACAGCCACUAAGAUCAGUGAGGUGUUUGACGUGGAGGACGUGGUGCCGGCCAACUUGCUGGAGAGGCUAGAUGAGGAGGCCAAGGUGGUGUACGCUACACCGCUGGAGGCGCUGCCAAUUGAGUCGGAGUAUCUUCGCACUUGCCUCAAGCGCAUCCAGGAUAGGGAGAUAGCCUCGAAGCAGGACUUUCUGCACAUUAAGCUUAUUAUCUACAUGGACGCCCUGCAGUCGCUGAUAGCACUGCGCUCGCGACAAAUGAAGGGCGCGGAGCUGUCCCGCAUCACGGAGAAGAUCGAGAACGACAUACGUCACCGCUUUGCGGACCCUAAUGUGGCCAAGAGCUGCACCCGCACCAAUUACAGCACGGAGAAGGCGCUCACCCACUUCAUUGUGCUGGCUCUGCUCAUCAGCGACAAGCACGAGGUCGAUGUGAAUGUGCUCUCCCGCACCCUACGCACCACCAAGGAACGCAUCAAAUCGUACGCCCACAUCGUCAAUGCCCGACCCAAGUCCCGUUCGGAUGUGCUCAGUCUGCGCCUGCCCAGCACCGUGCCGGCCUUGGCGAAAUCCCGCCGCUUCCAACGCAAGAAGUAGAAGUAGAACACCCUGUUUGACAUCGAUUAAACAACUUCUAGGUGGCCGGCCUGUCAAGGUCGUCACAAUAAAGUUUAUUUUUACAUUA